AUGACGCAUACACUCAGACGAAAAAGUUCUUUGCGUCAAUCGCUCGCAUAUAAAUUAUUACCGAGGAAGAUUCUGAUUAGGCCUGAUAGAUUAAAAGGUCGUUAUUUAUUUCGAUCAGCCGUGCGGCGCGUCUUGGAAUAUAUGGAAUGGAUAACAGGGGAACAGAUAAUUGAGGAAAUUAGCGAUGAUGUAACGAUUAAUAUCAGAAUGGCUCAACAGAGACACAAAGCAGAGAAAAAAUUACUUACAUUAAAGGAUCGAUCGAUACUAUUAGUGAGACCACUUGAAAGAUCUUCCGCUAAUAAAGCGUACAUAUACGAUCUUAUCACGAAGUUCCGCGCAUACACGAAGCAUUCUGAGAAUUUGAGAAAAAAUCUGGCAGCGGUGUGCAAUUAUCAAUAUUUACCGUCUGGUCGGGUAAUUGUUCGUCAGGGUCGUAAAGCGGAAAAUCUUUAUUUUAUUAUGAACGGCGAGGUUUAUCUGUCAAAAGUAGUGAUUGAUGAUUUAACAGGUGAUGAAAAAGUUAUAGAUAUGGGGAUCAUGCAUUCAGGAGAUAUGUUUGGUGAAGUUGCAUUAUUGCAUACGAUACCGAGAACAUCAACGAUAAUUACUAAAACGUCAGUCGAUUUGCUGCUAAUUAAUCGAGACGAUUUUAACAACAUUUUGCGCAGUAGUUUGACAAAAAAGUGGGAUGAUCUGCGUGAUGCAUUGGUUCAUUUUAAUUAUUUCAAGUUGUGGGAUGAAGCGACGGUACGAGAAUGUUGUAUUUUGAGCAAAUUAAAAGACUUUAAACCUAAUGAGAUUUUGUUAGGUGAUGGAAAAGGCAUGGUGAAUUAUGUACAUUUUAUUCUAAGUGGUAAAUGUCGCCUUAUUGAGCACAUGCUCGUUCGUGAGCGUCCUUCUUAUCAGGGAAUGCAAUACGAGUUAUACGAUUCCGAAACUUUCGGUCCACAACUACGAAGAAUGUCGAAAAAGAUUGUGGAAUCUGACGAGUUUGAACCAAAUCAAUUUGAUAAAUCAAUUCCAAAAUCUGUUGGAACACAAGACGAGGUUGAUGGAUUAAGCAUUGUUACCACCACACUUUUAGACGUUGUGAGUAUCUAUAAUACGUUAUUUUCCUUCUUUGUACUAAUUCUAUUCUCAAGCAGUAAAACUAUAUUAAUCGAAGUAUUAGUUAAUAAAUAUUACAAUAUCAAGGUUAAAGGAUGGCAUGAAAUUACUGAUGUUGCAACGAUAUUAAUGCGAGAAUCGUCUGUUACAUCUCAAUUAUGUUAUCCGAGCGAUGUUCGCACCAUAUUCAUGCAAAUAUGCACUUUUUCACGGGGUGCGUGUUUCGGUUUAGGAGAGAAAAUGCUUCAUCGAAGAGUCGUAGCAAUUACGCCAGUACGAUGUUUCCUUAUACCGCGAUAUUGGUUGCUCGAACACAACCGUGCUAAUAUUUGGGGACGUGUGAAACUAUUUAUGGACUCAAAAUAUCCAACUAAGAAACAGCUAUUUAAUGAAUUUCUUCUAAAUCGAAAAUGGAUGGCAUACAAACAGAAUUUAAUUAAAGAUGUUAUUAAUCGACGUGGUCAUUUUCGUAGUAAUACAACGAUACACGACGUGCCGUAUUCCAUCAGAAUUACUGAUGAAAUAGAUCCAAAUUUAUAAUUAUUCUUCUCAUACUGUU